AGCCGGCCAAAACCAGUAGGCUAUGCCCGAUCACGUUGUCUGGCCCGAGGUCCUUCGUUUAAUUAAACUACCCAGUAGCCCGUCCGACGUUGCGCCGUCCCAGCCGGACAGCUUGCCGGUGCUUAAGCCACUGCAGAACUGGCCCUGUCAGAACAACCUUAUGGCAGUGAAUAAUUCCCGGCGGCAACGGGGCCGUGCCCCGUCAUUUCGCGGACCCAUCGUCCUCGGCCUGCAGCCCCCAGGAUAUACCAGGACCUCUACGCUGUCGAUCUCGCCUCACGAAGAUAGGGGCGGGCACUUUCUAGAGUCAUAUGGAAUGCUUCACCUGAUGUCGUUCGACGGUCCCGGAGCGACGCACGCGUUCACACACACACAGAGACGUAUAUACAUACGGCCGUGCACCCGUGCCUACAUGGCUAACUACUUACAUAUAUGUACAUCUGUCUACAUAAGGAGUAGUGCGGUCGGUGCUGGUGUCGCUAACUUGUUGAGACACCCCAUAGGAAUAGCCCUACAAACCCUGGCACCGGCGGUCGAAACGGAACAAUCGCCAGACGGAUCGUCGCAUAGUACGAUGCAAGUGAACACCUCUCUUCCCUUUCUUGCCUUCCCUCCCCAGUCUCUCUCUCAAACCACAUACCCAAGAACGUUAUCACUGCUGCUGCUGCUGCUGCUACUACUAAGAAGGGAGAUCCCCCCCCCCCCUGUAUUCGCCAAGCCGCGAGUCUCUCGCAAACGUCGACGGUAUCUCUCGAUGCCUACCCCCAGUUGCCAUACCAAGGACGGACUAUAAUACCCUAUAAAAUAUCUUUCCAGGGUUCUCCUCGAUUUACCCUGGGCUCCCCUGUCGCCCACGUAGUACACACCUAUGCACGUACUUUGUGGCUUUGGCUGCGUAUCCCUGCUUAAUAUCUUAUCCCAUUAAGCCCGGAUCAGGCAGCUCAGCCAGCCACAGCUUCACCCCUCUUAUUCCCCUCUCUUUCUCUCUCUUUCUCUCUCCAUCUCGGCCCCGUCAGGUUGCGCAGAUCCGAAAG